UUAUUUUAUAUAAUAAUGAUAUUUAUGUAUAAAGUCAGAUAAAAGUAUUUAUUCUCUCUUUCAAAGUCUUGGAGGGUAUAUAGAACAGUACCACUUCGAUUCUCUUCAUCUUCUUCCUUCAUAAUGUGCCAUUGUUCAUCUCUCUGUGUCCUAUCGCAUAACACUCACGCUAACUUAUUAUUCUCUCUAUCACUCUCUCUCUCUCUCUCUCUCUCUGAGAGGACAUCUUAAAGAAAAUAACAAAUAUGGCGAUGAGACUUUUGAAGACUCAUCUUCUGUUUCUGCAUCUCUUUCAUCAGCUUUACGUUAUCUCUUUCUUCUUUCUUUUUUUCUCACCAUGCUUGGCUUACACUGACAUGGAUGUUCUCCUUACUCUCAAAUCCUCUAUGAUUGGUCCUAAAGGCGACGGUCUCCACGACUGGACUCACUCCCCUUCUCCGGCCGCUCACUGCUCUUUCUCCGGCGUUUCAUGCGACGGUGAACGUCGUGUUAUCUCUCUCAACGUCUCCUUCACUCCUUUGUUUGGUACCAUCUCACCGGAGAUUGGGAUGUUAAACCGCCUGGUGAAUCUAACUUUAGCUGCCAACAAUUUCUCCGGUGAAUUACCGUUGGAGAUGAAGAGUCUAACUUCACUCAAGGUUUUGAAUAUCUCCAACAAUGCAAACCUCAAUGGACGCUUCCCUGGAGAGAUUUUAAAAGCCAUGGUCGAUCUUGAAGUUCUUGACGCUUACAACAACAACUUCACCGGUACGUUACCACUGGAGAUUCCAGAGCUCAAGAACCUGAAACAUCUCUCUCUCGGUGGAAAUUUCUUCACCGGUGAGAUUCCAGAGAGUUACGGAGAUAUCCAAAGCUUAGAGUAUCUUGGACUCAACGGAGCUGGACUCUCCGGUAAAUCUCCGGCGUUUCUAUCCCGCCUCAAGAACUUGAGAGAAAUGUAUGUUGGAUACUUCAACAGCUACACCGGUGGUGUUCCUCCAGAGUUCGGUGGUUUAACGAAGCUUCAGAUCCUUGACAUGGCGAGUUGUACCCUCACCGGAGAGAUCCCGACGAGUUUAAGUAACCUGAAGCAUUUACACACUCUGUUUCUCCACAUCAACAAUCUAACCGGACACAUACCACCGGAGCUCUCCGGUUUAAUCAGCCUCAAAUCUCUCGAUUUAUCAAUCAACCAGUUAACCGGAGAGAUUCCUCAAAGCUUCAUCGAUCUCGGAAACAUCACUCUCAUCAAUCUCUUCAGAAACAACCUCUACGGUCCAAUACCAGACUUCAUCGGAGAAUUACCAAAACUCCAAGUCUUCGAAGUGUGGGAGAACAACUUCACGUUACAACUACCGGCGAACCUUGGCCGGAACGGGAAUCUGAAAAAGCUUGAUGUCUCUUCUAAUCAUCUCACCGGGCUUAUCCCCAUGGAUUUAUGCAGAGGCGAGAAACUGGAGAUGUUGGUACUCUCUAACAAUUUCUUCUUCGGUCCGAUUCCAGAAGAGCUUGGUCAAUGCAAGUCGCUAAACAAAAUCAGAAUCGUCAAGAAUCUUCUCAACGGAACUGUUCCGGCGGGGCUUUUCAAUCUCCCCCUAGUUACGAUUAUCGAACUCAACGAUAAUUUCUUCUCCGGUGAGCUUCCGGCGAAGAUGUCCGGCGAUGUUCUCGAUCAGAUUUACCUCUCCAACAACUGGUUUUCCGGCGAGAUUCCACCAGCAAUCGGAAAUUUUCCCAGCUUACAGACUCUGUUCUUAGAUCGGAAUCGGUUUCGCGGCAAUAUUCCGAGGGAGAUCUUCGAAUUGAAGCAUCUGACGAAGAUCAACACAAGUGCGAACAACAUCACCGGCGUUAUUCCAGAUUCAGUCUCACGCUGCACUACUCUAAUCUCCGUCGAUCUCAGCCGUAACCGAAUCAACGGAGAAAUACCUAAAGAGAUCAACAACGUGAUUAACCUCGGAACUCUAAAUCUCUCCGGUAAUCAAUUAACCGGUUCAAUCCCUACCGGAAUCGGAAACAUGACGAGUUUAACAACUCUAGAUCUCUCUUACAACGAUCUCUCCGGAAGAGUACCACUCGGCGGUCAAUUUAUGGUGUUCAACGACACUUCCUUCGCCGGAAAUACCUAUCUCUGUCUACCACACCGCGUCUCAUGUCCAACACGGCCAGGGCAAACCUCCGAUCAAAACCAGACGGCGUUGUUCUCACCGUCAAGGAUCGUAAUCACAGUAAUCGCAGCGAUCACAGCGUUAGUACUAAUCAGCGUAGCGAUUCGUCAGAUGAACAAGAAGAAGAACCAGAAAUCUCUCGCCUGGAAACUAACCGCCUUCCAGAAACUAGAUUUCAAAUCCGAAGACGUCCUCGAGUGCUUGAAAGAAGAGAACAUUAUCGGUAAAGGCGGAGCUGGAAUCGUCUACCGUGGAUCCAUGCCAAACAACGUGGACGUCGCAAUCAAACGACUCGUUGGCCGUGGCACUGGGAGAAGCGAUCAUGGAUUCACGGCGGAGAUUCAAACUUUGGGAAGGAUUCGACACCGUCACAUCGUUAGACUUCUCGGUUACGUAGCGAACAAGGACACGAACUUGCUUCUCUAUGAGUACAUGCCUAAUGGAAGCCUUGGAGAGCGUUUGCAUGGAUCUAAAGGUGGUCAUCUCCAAUGGGAGACGAGACAUAGAGUAGCCGUGGAAGCAGCGAAGGGCUUGUGUUAUCUUCACCAUGACUGUUCACCGUUGAUCUUGCACAGAGAUGUUAAGUCCAAUAACAUUCUUUUGGACUCUGAUUUUGAAGCCCAUGUUGCUGAUUUUGGGCUUGCCAAGUUCUUAGUGGACGGUGCUGCAUCUGAGUGUAUGUCUUCAAUUGCUGGCUCUUAUGGAUACAUCGCCCCAGAGUAUGCAUAUACCUUGAAAGUGGACGAGAAGAGUGAUGUGUAUAGUUUCGGAGUGGUGUUAUUGGAGCUAAUAGCCGGGAAAAAACCGGUUGGUGAAUUUGGAGAAGGAGUGGAUAUAGUUAGGUGGGUGAGGAACACGGAAGAAGAGAUAUCUGAGCCGUCCGAUGCUGCUAUUGUUGUUGCGAUAGUUGACUCGAGGUUGACUGGUUAUCCCUUGACCAGUGUGGUUCAUGUGUUCAAGAUUGCAAUGAUGUGUGUGGAGGAUGAAGCCGCGGCAAGGCCUACGAUGAGGGAGGUUGUGCACAUGCUCACUAACCCUCCUAAAUCCGUAGCUAACUUGAUUGCGUUCUGACCCAAGCAAGAUAAAUGAACAAUAAGAUUUGUAAUUUUUGGGUGUUCUUAUAAAAUGGGUUUUAAAUACUUGUGGGUUGUAUAUCUGUUGUGUUUCAAUUUGUAUAUUACCUCUUUUAUGUGUUCUUACUCUUAUUCACCGAGUAUGUAAUGUAAUCAAUAUGCUUUUUGCUAAUGGCUUUAAACUUGAGCUGA